AUGACUUUCAUGUUGCUUGCACUCUCUUCUUUGGCGAUUCCAACUUUCGCCCAAGACGCGCUCAAAGCGGUUUUGGUUGGAAGACCACAACCCAUCGCGACGCUCAUACCACAGCCAUCUGCCGUGCCCCUGGACCACUUCCGGCCGCCAAACAUAUCAGAGAUUAUUGAGAGUCCCGACGACAGACCAACGAAAGACAUCAUCAGUUCCACCCAUACGAACGAGGACGAUGGUGAACCCGAACCACCCUCCUUCCUCAGAGCCGAUCCCGAUGAGGUUCACGACGAGUUCAGCGCUUAUGUUCCCUAUGGAGAGGCGAAUGGACAGACCUUGGUCAAGCGAUCACUGACCAAACGAGCAGCCUUUCGCGGAACCAUGAUGAUGAACUGCAAGAAAGCCAGAGAAGCAUGUCAGAAUGCAUGCUGGUACCAGAACUGUGUGAGAGGUGCUCAAGGCUCGACUACUGCCGUAACCUACACAUACGACUCCUCCUCCAACAACGAUGAAAAUCGGGUUCAAGCCGGCACGACUGUGACCCGUGGCACGCCAUGCGCAGCUUGGCCUUUCGGACAGCGCUUCUGGGAUAUGUAUCCAUGGAGCCGACAAAAGCCAACCAAGGACUCCCAGAGACAGCUGCAGACUGACGAGUGGCCUAUGGCUGACUUCAAGAAUGAUCCUUUCGACCCUACUGCCAACCCGCCUCAGCACUCUCUCCGCUGCAUCACUGCCGAAGAUAAUUCCAAAGGUUCGAAACAAUGGGUCAAUUUUCGCGACGGAGCAGGCCAUUACAAAGCAGGAAAAAAAUACGAAAGCAAACGCCUCGGAACCUCCAGAUUCGUCACAGGCGACACCUUCCACGUCGAAUUCGACAUGUCGGAAUUCGACGACACCAACGCCGACGACGUCAAAGCCAAGACCGAUCUCCUCUCCUACUGCACACCACCAUCCUACAAUUCCUGCCAAAACGACGGCCGACAAUUCCACAUGUCCGCCCUCGUACAAACCUCCACUCGUCAGUUGCAAGUCGGAACCCUCGAAUGGCCCUACGACGCCAAUUCCCACAACAAAUACCGAAUCGAUGGGGAGAAGGACGAUAUCAAAGCUUACUUCGUCACUGUGGAAGUGACGGGCGAUGAUGGGGAUUUUUUGAAAGCUAGUGCGCAGACGUAUGUUGAUGGAGAUUAUCAAGAUCUUGAUCGUGCGGAUUCGAGACGAGUUGGGGUUGGUGGGGAGGUUUCUUUGAAAGGGGACUUGCCGCAGGAGUUGAAGGUUAGGAGGGUGGAUGGAGCGGGGUGUACGACGGAGUUGGAGUUUGUUUAUGGGAGUCCGGAUGAUGGGACGUUGGAUUGGUUUGUUUUUAAGAGUGAUGCGAAGGGGUAUGGGAGGUGGUCUUGGAUUGAGAGUGGGAGUCAGAGUGGGAAGUAUUGUCAGGUUGAGGAGAUGAAGGAUGAUGAGGGGGAUUAUGUUGGGACGAAGUUUUUUUGUACGUUUCCUGGGUGGUGA